AUGGCACCGGCAGAGCCUUUCGCGAUUCCCUUCAGGCAGAAGGGCGAGGAGCCGUACUUUGAGGAGGAGCGCAAAGGCUGGAAGGGUUAUGUCGAAUGGGAGAAAUACCCCGAGAGAAAAAAGAAGGCUGCUCAGAUUCUGAGCAGCUAUGACUUCCCUGCGGCCCCCGAGUUCCAGCUGAAACCGCUGCCAGACACAAAUCCAGUUCUCACCGGAGAGCGCUUCAAGCAGUAUCACUAUGCAUUAGGAUCAACUAUAAAGGACCUUCCGGAUAUUAGUUGGAAGUAUGUGCUGGAAGAGAAAUCCGAGGACAUGAUCCACGUGCUCCAGUUCCCGUACAACGGCGAACCCCCAAGGAAACGAUUGGUGGAAACCGAGAUCACCUCGAACAAGGACCAUUUUGUGCGAAACCAUGGUGGAAUUCCAGAGAUAGACCCGGCAGAGUACUUCCUUGACAUUGGCGGCCUGGUCAACGACCCUAAGCGGCUGACUCUGGCGGACCUACAAAACGAAGAGCUCUUCCCUCGGCAGUCGAAUGUCGUUUCGCUUCAGUGCUCGGGAACCCGUCGUAUCGAGCAGAUUCACCAGUACCCGGGUGACGGUGAUGAGCUGAUCAACGCACCCUGGGGCGAGGGUGCAAUCGGCACGGCCCGUUGGACUGGUGUCAGCCUCAAGAAGGUCAUCAAGUACUGCGGUGGGCUGAAGGAUGAUGCCGACAACAUCGAGUUCUUUGGUGCAGACACCUACGUGAAGAAGGGCCAAGUGUACAACUAUGCCGUCAGUGUACCGUGGAGGAAGGUCAAGCUGAACGAGGUGUUGCUUGCUUGGGAGAUGAACGGGGAGCCUCUUCCAAAGAUCCAUGGCUUCCCGCUUCGUACCGUGGUUUUCGGCUAUAUCGGUGCCAGAAGCUGCAAAUGGCUCUACGAAAUCCGCGCCAUCAAGGGGCCGAGUGAGGCGCCCGUACAGAAGAAGGAGUACCUGUACUACACUCCCCAGAUCGGCAAGCAAAACGCUCAGUACAGCAACGGCUUCAGCAUACAGGACAUGCCAGUUUCGUCGGCCAUUAUGGAGCCAAAGGAUAUGGAUCAGAUCAUCCAUGACGGUGUGAUUAAGCUUCGCGGAUGGGCCUACAGCGGUGGUGGUCACUGGCCCAUCAGAGUUGAAGUGUCUGGAGAUGGUGGUUCGAUUUGGUACGAGGUACCAUACGAGAAGAUGAGCACGAAGUAUUUCCAUGCUUGGAGGCUUUGGGAGAUAGACAUGCCCGUCGAUGCCGAAGGUUGGCUUGAAUUUUGUGUCAGGACAUGGGACAACGCCCUAAACACCCAGCCAACAUUCGUAAGAUCUGCUUGGAACUGGGAUCUUCAUGUUACCUCGUCAUGCCAUCGUAUCAACAUUUACAGUAUGAACCGCUCGCGGAAGUUGACCAGGAAACGCUUGGAUAUGCUUGAGCAAAAAGGCCUGCCGAUCGUGCCGAUCACGCACCCACUUGAGAUCGACUUGGAGUCGGACGAGGACUAUGCGAAAGGCAUGGAAGCUAGAGGCGGCAGAGACCCCAAGGAAUAG